AGGAGAUUAAAUUGUUCCCUCAUGAAUAGUCCCCAAACAGACUGAUGAAUGAACAUUAUGUAUAUAUUUGAUUUAUUCAAAUAUAAUAUAUAUGAUGUUGAAAAUGUUAUCGCAAUUCAUUGUUUUACUUUAAAAACAGUAAUAUUGUGUUAUUUUUCAGAAAGCAGAAUAUAUAUAUUUUUUAAAUUAAACUUUUGCUUACAAAGAUCCAUCCUCGAAGUCUAAACCAAAUUUUAAAAACAUUGUAUUGACACAAUCAAUUCAUUCCCCUAGAUUGUCACAGCUGAUAGAAUAUUUACCCGUAAACAAUACUUUGUUUGUUCCUAAAUGCUUUCCUAAGAAUUAAAAUUUGCUGUUGUUUUCGAUAAAGCAUUGCGUUUCUCUGACAGGGUGCAUAUCACAUUGGUUCGCCUUCCAGGAAGACGCCGAUAGAAUCCAGUUUCUGAAAAUCAACCCUAAGAGCGCCGAGACAAUUCUUUACCUUACAUUAAUCCAGGAUAACCACCAAAAGCAUGCAUGAAUCGAAAGGGAGCCCUCAUAACAUCAGCUCGCAUGAUUACAGGCCAAGUUUUGGCCCAUCUACCGACAUCCCCAGCAUCCUCCUGGCAAUAGCUAUCGUCCUUCUCAACACCACUGUCCUACACCUGGUCAGGACCAGAGUCACUUUGCGUACUGUCACCAACAUCUUCCUGGCAAGCCUCGCCACCUCGGACCUCCUGACUGGAUUAUACGUGAUUCCAGCUUACUUGGCCUGCAAGGCGACGGCAAAUAACGGUAUUUGCCAGGCAAGCGUGCCUCUUCUGACAUUCACGUCGUUUUCGACUGUCACUCAUAUUUCCUUGGUGACGGCGGAACGUCAUGUUGCUAUCAUGUUUGCCUUACGUCAUACUGUGUUGGUGACUAAGUUUCGCGCUAAGCUUGUUAUUGUCAGCGUGUGGGUGGUUUCUCUGAUUCUGUCCUUGAUUCAGCUUGCGUGGGCACCACCCGGGGAUCUAGACGUGACUGAAGAAGGAACCGAAAAUUUUAGAAAGUCCGAGAUCGCAUUUUCCUUAUUCAACUUUGUGACUGUUCUAAUCCAGUUCCCCUUCCUCGCCUACUCGUAUUAUAAAAUUUUCUCCGAGGUUCGUCGCCACAAUGAGAUGAUUAAAAAGGACCAAUCACACGGUUGCAUCACAUCCGGAAAUCAGCACUCGCACGAAUCCCGGACGGUCAUCAUGUUUGUGCUGAUGCUGGUCACGUACACGUUUUGCUGGAUGCCAAAUGCCCUUAUAAGGUAUCAGUACAGUUCUACAGCCUUCCAUCUUCCGGAGUGGGCAGAGCAUGUCAUCAUUCACUUACGGUUUGUUACGUCACUUGUGAACCCUUGCUUUUGUUUGUUUUGGAAGCGUGACUUUCGGGAGGCUUUUAGCCGCGGUCGGCGCAUGCGCAGUGAUGAGUUCCAGGUCGUUGAUUCUCCUCAUCUAUGUAGUACGAGGCUAACGGCAGGACAUUAUAUUGAGCUUCAGGUAGUGCCAUGACGCCUAUAAGGGCAGGGGGGGCGUGCCCCCAUACAAUGCAAGGAAAUGACCAGUAGGAGCGUACCCCCCCUCCCCUCCUGUUUUCUUAAUGUCCCUUGAAUCGUGCUUGCCCUUACAGUUUUUCAAUGUCCUUUACGUGCCUGUCGUCAGGUGAGACAUUACCUGGAAGCUUUGCAAACAAAAGCAUCGUAUCCAGUGGAAAGUAACAAAACUUUGCAGACAACUAAAUCACAUCCAGCGGAAAGAAACAAGACCCGUUAGUGUUGCUUUUAGGGAAAAGGUCACUCUACCAAGAAAGCUUUGCAUUGUUGUUUAGUGAUCAGUAAAAUUCCUAUAUCCCACAUUGUAAUCGUGCGAUUGUUCUGCGAGCUUGUACUAUCAAGUAAAUGUUAAGAACAUCAA